AUGAACGGACCAGGAUAUUACGAGUUUUACAGGAGGAGCACAGUUGGGACAUCUCUAGCAGAUGCAUUGGAUACACUCAUUGUGGAUCAACGCAUACAACCGCAGUUGGCCAUGAAGGUUUUGGCAAACUUCGAUCGGGUCACAUCGGACAAUCUUCGAGAUAUCGUCAAGUCCAAGUUGAGCUUUAAAGGCCACUUACAUACCUACAGAUUUUGUGAUGAUGUGUGGACUUUUGUCAUCAAGGAUGUGAAUGUCAAAUUUGACGAUGGCCACACUAUGGAUGUGGAUAAGUUUAAGAUUGUUGCAUGCAACAGCAAAAAGUCUGGUGACAGUUGA